AUGGCGAACGGGCUCUGGAAGCUGCUGGCGCUGGGCGCUCUGAUGCUGGGCGCGCAGGUGGAAUCUCCACCAUUGCAGCACAGUUGUGGUAAUGGAGAAUAUCAUUAUUCUGGGAUUUGCUGCAAAAACUGCCCUGCUGGUACGCAUGUUGAUGAACCCUGCAGCCUGCCACAUACUUCAGGGCAUUGUGUCACCUGCACCGCAGGAGAGGAUUAUACUGCUCAUGAAAAUGGCCUUGAUAAGUGCCUGCUUUGUGAUGAAUGCAAAUCUGGUACAACAAUGGUGAAGGCUUGCACUGUAAAGAGUAAUACAAAGUGUAGGUGUAACGAAGGAUAUUACUGUCCUCUGAACUGUGAGGAAUGUCUUAGAUGCAAGACAAGGUGCCCGGAAGGGCAGGUAAUUGUGCGAAACUGCAAUGCCACUGAUGACAUGGAGUGUGGGCCAUCUCCUACAGGAGCUUCACACCUUGAUGGCAUGCAAAUAUUGUACAUUGUCCUUACUGUUAUUGUUGCUGUCUUUGUGAUCAGUAUUUUCCUAAUUUGCAAGAAAUGCUGGGUUCCUUGCAGGAAGGAAGAAAAACGUGUCGAGAAUGAUUUGAGUGCUGAUAGCACUGAUGACUUGUUGCCAAGCUGGAAAAUCUCAAACACAGAUGCACUCCCUAUUGAAAACCAGGAAGCACAACCAUCUCUUGCUCAUCCUGCUUCUGUAUCAUCAAGUUAUUCUGACUUGCCUGAGAGUAUCGACAUACCCUUAAGCAGUACGAAGGAAGCAUCUAGCUCUGGUGCUGCUCCUCUGCUUCAUUUGACAGACAAGCCUGUCGCUCACAAUGUACAGACAAAUGUAAGAAAGAGUGCACUGCCAUCUACUGCUGGACAUUCUGCAGCAAAUAAGCCUUCUCAUGAUGAGCUAAACGAAAUCUGUGAAGAGUUACCAAAUAAGAUGCUGUUUCGUGACUGGAAGUCACUUAUGAGGAUCGCUGGUUUAUCAGAUAAUGAAAGAGACAUAAUAGCGCAUGAUUAUCCUAAUGAUACCCGUGAACAAAUGCAUCGUAUGGUAAAAACUUUAUGUGACAAGUUUGGGACUGAGAAUGCUUUAAGUAAAUUAUUAAAUGGACUACAGCAAAUGAAGUGUACCAAUAUUUAUGAAAAUUUACAGAAUGAAUUAUUGAGCAAGGGUAUAAUAAUGGUAGAGGACAAAGGCAAAUGUCGUUGUUUUGUUAAAAACGCAGAACAAAAUCUGUGA